AUGAGACGCAACCUACUUUCCUGACAGAGACGUGUGUGCAAGUGUGGGAUUCAAAUAUCCAGUAUUUUCUCAGGAAGACAGAUGGCAUUAUGUUUUUAAUAUUGACCACUUCCUAAGGAUUUAUAGUCAAACAAAGGAGGAAAUACAAAGGAUAAUACAAAAAGAACAUUUAAGCCUACAUUAAAAAGAUCUGCCAAGAUGCCACUUCGAACAUCCUUGUACAGAAAACCAUCCUCUGCUCGUUGGUCCAGCAGAAACUCAAAACGCAGAGAGGUGCUGUCUGUCAAUAUGAUCAGUCUACCACUGGCUGACUUCCGACACAUCUCACAUAUUGGAAACAAUGCUCAUACAGACAGCUUUGGAGACCUGUCCUUCCUAAAGAUGGGCCACAAUCUGCUUCUACAAAGCUCCCAGAGUGAGCAGAACCUCUUUCUGGCCUGCACUCCUCCACCCAAACCCCCUCGUCUGAAUUUGGAUGAGGCAGAUGGUUCAGAGAGUCCUGACUGGUCAGUGGGCCAUCAGCACAAUGCCCCACAGAAGAGGAAGAAAUGCAGUUCUAUGCCACUGCUCGAUGACGUCAGAGAUAUGGAAAAGGAGGAUGGGUACCAAAGAGGGAAUCAGACACACAGCUUUGGACGGGGCAGCCUGAGUUCAGACAGGGAUGGAGACUCCACUGACAAACCUGCUGGACAGCAAAGGGAGGAGGACAGUGGCUUUUCCUUUAGCCUUGACCUGGGUCCUUCAAUCCUGGAUGAUGUUCUCCAGGUGAUGGACAAACAAUAA